GAGCCCCCCAAACCGCGUUCCAAAAGGCUCUAGUCUUUCUUCCCCUCUCCUCUAUCCCUUCGUUCUCCUUCUAUGGGGUCGAGUGACACCACCACCACCUUCCACCACCACGCUUCUUCCUCAUCCCCUUCCUCAUCUCCCACCUCCUCUCCUCCUUCCCUUCCUCCCACGCCUCCUCCCGUGGUGCUCAGCCCUUGCGCCGCCUGCAAGAUCCUCCGUCGGAGGUGCGUCGACAAAUGCGUGCUCGCCCCCUAUUUCCCUCCCACCGAGCCCCUCAAAUUCACCACCGCGCAUCGAGUCUUCGGUGCCAGCAACAUUAUCAAGUUCUUGCAGGAUCUACCAGAGAGCCAGAGGGCUGACGCAGUUAGCAGCAUGGUGUACGAGGCCAACGCCAGGAUCCGAGACCCGGUGUAUGGUUGCGCGGGGGCCAUCUGCCAGCUCCAGAAGCAAGUGAGCGAGCUCCAGGCCCAGCUGGCCCGGGCGCAGGCCGACCUCGUCAACAUGCAAGCCCAGCAGGCGAACUUGAUCGCCCUCGUCUGCGUGGAGAUGGCUCAGUCCCAGCAGCCCCCCGCCGAGAGCCUCAUCACCAGCCCCUACGUCUCCCAGAACGACACGUUUUUCCUCGACGACAGCAGCCAUGGCUCGCUGUGGGAGGAUCCCCUGUGGACAUGAGCACGCGGCACCGGAUUCCCUGGCCAUGCCAUCGAAUAAAUGGAUCUGAUAUCCAAACUGCUAAUUAGAUGAUCACUAGGAGAAGAAAUUUGAGAGAAAUUAAUGAACCAUGGCGAUGAGAUAGGACUGAAAUAUUGUUAUUGUACCCUUACAAGAAAUUAAUAAUAACUCUUAGUUUCUUCUUUAAGUAACUUUACGAGCAAGAUGGAUGCACUUUAAUUUUCUGUUCUUCACCAGCCCUCCGAGCUCAAAGGAGAAUAAAGGGUUGUAACUUGUAACUGAACACAAUGUUUUAAUUGUUGAGACUGGUUAUAGUCCAAGUUCAUCAUGAGUUCCUUG